GAAAAUGCAAAAGUGAUGAGUUCACUGACCUGAAAGCCAACGCGAAUUCAGGCUUUCGUCUUUAUUGUUGCCUUUGUGCUUAUUUCACCUCCUACGUGUGACGCCUGAUAAAGAAACAACCUCAAAUAUCGUUGGCGCCGAUAUAGACGCGGCGAAAACUGUUCAGUUUGCUUCAUAUAAUCCGCCUGUUUCCAAGCUGAAGAGGUUAGCAAGCGGUUGCUAAUAAGCGCUAGCGUGGGGGGAAAUGUGUAAAGUCAAAAAGCUGCGAGCCUUGAUGGAGCAGCGACUCAAUUCCGUGGUGGAAGAAAUCUUCGGACUGUUUGAAAGAACCAUAGCAGAGUACGAGGAGGAACUUUCCAGAACAAAGGAGGAGUACGAGAGGCAACGCGACCAACUGGAUGCUGUUCUCAAACCUCCAGUUGCAUUACACGGAGCAGACAUCCAGCAGGUGUCCGUGAAGAAAGAAGUAGAGGUUCCCUCAGAGCAACAGGAGAGGCGCUCCAAUGCGGGGAAGGAGGAGCCAGGGCCCGCCUGCAUCAAAGAGGAAGAGGAGGAUCUGUGGGAGCAGUUUCAAGGGUUGGAGGAGGCCGACGUCACCGAUUUGAUGUCUCCAGGUGUCCCAUAUAAGAGUGAGGACGACGAAGAUUAUGAUGACAUCCAGCAGGUGUCAGAGAAGGUUGAAGACGCUAAGAAGCAAGAGUGGAGCCCCUGUGUGGAGCAGAAGAAGCAACAACUCCCCUACCUUAAAGACGAAGAGGAGAAACCGUGUGAGCAGCUUCAGUCCUCACCGUUUCAUCACAGUGUGGCGAACAGAGGGGUGGAGCCUGUAACUCAACACAUAACCGAAGUUGACGGGAAGCGUUGUAAAAACAUAAACUCCCAACCAGACGGAAUCUUUGCUCCUCUGUCAGACAUGGACGACGUGAUGUCGGACUCUUUUGAGAACGAUCACUGUGAUGACACCCAAGAAGUGGACACGAGAGGUCAGACUAACAACAAACACUGCUCCGAAUGUGGGAAAUCCUUUGCACUGAGGAGUAAUUUGACAAUACACAUGAGAACACAUACAGGAGAGAAACCUUUCGCUUGCUCAGUUUGCGCUAAAAGAUUCUCCUUAAAACAAAAUAUGUUACUACACAUGAGAACGCACACUGGAGAGAAACCAUUUGCUUGCCCGGUUUGCGAUAAAAGGUUCUCCUUGAAUCAAAAUAUGAUGUUACACAUGAGAACGCACACCGGAGAGAAACCUUAUGCUUGCUCAUUUUGCGCAAAAAGAUUCUCUUUACAAAGUCCCCUGAAAAGACACCUUAUGGUACACACAGGGGAAAAUCCCUUUGCUUGCUCAGUUUGUGGUAAAAGAUUCAAGAUUAAAGCGGAAAUGAUACUACACAUGCACAAACACACUGGCGAGAAACCCUUUACCUGUGCCGUGUGCAGGAAGAGUUUCUCCACGAAGCAGACUAUGACCAAACACAUGAGAUCGCACAUGGAGGAAAUGCAAUUUUCAUGCUCGUUUUGCCCAAAAAGAUUCACCAGUAAAAAUUAUGUCAUGAUACACAUGAGAACGCACACUGGGGAGAAACCGUUCAGUUGCAUUGUGUGCGAAAAGAGGUUCACAUAUAAGUAUCAGGUCAGCAGACACAAAUGUGUAACAGCUGUUGAAACUGCAGGGAUUUAAAUACACCCAAACUGUUAAAACGCAUGUGGUGUGUCCCAUAUUUAGUUUUUUUUUUGUCUUUGAAUUAAUUGUGUGCAUUUACUAAUUAAGCAACAUGAAACCACUAUCUUAUUUUUGUAAAUGAGUGCAUCAUUAAUUCCAAAUAUUAAUCAAAUAAACGAGCUACAGUAGUAUUGUUAAAUAGGAUAAAGUUGCAUCGGAGAUGCUAAGAAUUAAAGGUUCAUAGAAGAUUCCAUUGGAACCGCAUGAGGUCAUCUUGACCCCACUUGUGGAAGAGUGGUGGAAUGAUUCAAAUACCGCAAUUUCUUGAAACUAAUGAAAGAAUAAAUAAACAUGCAAAUGGCCUCAUGUCACAAGCAUUUUUUUAUUAGGAAUACCUGGAAUAUGACUACAUUACAACUUUCCGUUUUAAACAUUUUGAACAAUAGCAUUAUUGAGUGUUGAUGUAUUAGGUAGUUCAGUCCCAAACAAGCGUUUGUCCGACCAGUUGUAACAUUUUCCAAACUCUAAACACAAUUAGCACAACAUUGGUCUUUUGUGGCCAUACCGUUCACACAUUUCAUGUCAUUUUCACCCAAUAUACAGUCUUUGAACGCAUGUCCAAAAUGCUUGUAUUUUCUCACAGUAAGACAAGAUGUGGACCGAAUGUGUCUUCUGGUACCGAUCAAGCACUUCUUGCUUCAACCACAAUGUAUUUUCAUCUGAUUUUCUUCAUUUUUCAAAUUCAAGCUUUAUCUUUUGAAGUGAGAGGCAAUAAAGAGGAUGUUUUCAGUUGUUUUUUA